GGGCGACGUCGGCGUGGACGACGUCGGCGUCCGCGGCGGCGUAGGCGGCGGGCUCGGUAGCUAACGGUCGUCCGGCCCUUCCCCGCGGCCGCCUCUGGAGGGAGCUGCAGCCUCUCUCGAGGAGGCUCGGCCCCGCCGCCAUAGCUCCCCGCCGGGCUCGCCCCAAGCCUCUCCCCCGCCGGCCGGCCGGGCCCGCCCGCGCCGCCAUGGCCGACGUGGAGGACGGAGAGGAGCCCGGCGCGCCGGCCUCGCACUCGGGCAGCUCGGGCACCAAGGCCGCCGGCGACAAGAUGUUCUCCCUCAAGAAGUGGAACGCGGUGGCCAUGUGGAGCUGGGACGUGGAGUGCGACACGUGCGCCAUCUGCCGGGUCCAGGUGAUGGAUGCCUGUCUUAGAUGUCAAGCUGAAAACAAACAAGAAGAUUGUGUUGUGGUCUGGGGAGAGUGUAACCAUUCCUUCCAUAAUUGCUGCAUGUCCCUGUGGGUGAAACAGAACAAUCGCUGCCCUCUGUGCCAGCAGGACUGGGUAGUCCAGAGAAUAGGCAAAUGAAAGCCCAAGGCAUCAUUGAGUGCCAUGGUCUGAGGCUCUGGGUGUGUCACAUAAGGGGUAAAGCUCUCCAAAGAUGGCGUCUCUUCACUCGUCUUUCCUUGUUAAAAGGAAUGAGUUGGACAUUCGCUGAAGUUAGGGUGCGGCAUUUGGUCCCCUUUCUUUGUAGAACUUCUCUACAAGUAAGAACAGUGUGUUAUAGAUGACAUUCUUUUCUCUUUGUUUGGUGUGAAUUGUAGAUACUGCUUAGAAAUGCCGUGUUAGAGAAAAUAGCUUCAAUAUGAAUGACUUUCCUAAUCUAAUUAAAGUCUAGGAUAAAGGAAAUCUGGAGAGUAAGUUCCAUUCAGACAAGAAGGUUUUGCAUGUUUAUAGUUAAUCAUUAAAAGUUAUUGACAUGAAUGAAAGCAUUCAAAUCUAAUCCGUGUAAGGUAUGAUUUGGUACUAAUAGUAUUUUUUUCCCUGAAAAUAACUAAUUUAUGCAACAUUCAUGUCAGUUAGCUAGGAUUUUGGCUUCCUUUUUAAGCUUUUGUUAAAAACAAGAUACACAUUUUAUGGUUAACUACUAGUGACCAGGGCAACCAAAAAUCAUAUUUCUCUCUUUCUGAGAAACUGAAUCUUGAUUGUCCUUUAAGGCUUUGUCUUUUAUUCAGUAGUGAAAUCUAUGCCCAAAACUCUAUAAAGCUCUAUAAAGUCAUUGAGUUAUGGAUGCAUAAGUAUUUCUAGAUCACACUUUGAUUAUUACUAUGUUAUAUUGCUUUAAUGGUGAUUUAUAUUGAAUACCUACAAGGAUGUUUAAUUCACUUCUCAGACCUUUAAUGAAAAAAUUACGAUCAUAUAACACUAUUUGAUAAAGAUUAAGUCUUCUAUUAAAUUGUUUCAUUACUUGAACUGUGACAUAAUAAAUAUUGAUCUAAUUUC